AUGUGUAUGUAGGAAAUAUUGAAGAAAAAAGAACUAUCACUAAAUUUUCAUGAAAAAAAAUAUAAAUAAAAGAUUUAGUAUAUUUUAAUUAAAAAAAUCCGAUAUUAGGGCUGUAACUAAUCCUAAUUUUUAAUGCAAAAUUUUAUAAUGUUAAUGGCUUAUUUUUCAGAUCAGGAGAGAUAUGGAAGAAUAAAUAAUUUGCGCCUAGUUUAAAGGAAUAAGCAAUCAAAUCUAGUUAGUACUAUUAUAAAAUUACAAAAAUUAAAUAAAAUUAUUACUUCUAAAAGAUUUAUUAUGGUUUUAUAUAGGGCUGGUAGCUACUCACAUUGUUAUUAUUGA